AUGUCUUGGAUAAUUCGUUUACAACGGUUACCGUUAUCUGCGAAUGCAGCAGACAUCCGAACUUUUUUCGCCGGAUUACGGAUACCGGAUGGUGCCGUACAUAUUGUUGGUGGGCCGGAUGGUGAUGCUUUUAUUGGUUUUGCCACUGAUGAAGAUGCUCGUCAAGCGAUGCGUUUCGAUAAUCGGCGCAUACAUGACCAACGUGUACGUUUGCUGUUGUCAUCACGCGUUGAAAUGGAUGCCGUCAUUGCAAAAGCUCGUGCCGGGGAUCUGAAUGUCGUUGGGGUAGCUUCGGCUGCAUCCGUUGCUGCUCCAUCGCUUAGACGUGAUAGUUCUCCAGCGGCACGUCCAGGCGGCGUCCAAAUCCCAUCCGAUUCUACAGCGGAUAGUUUUGGAAAUCAACGUAUUGCUCAAUCACAGCCGACUGUCGCGGACGUCUAUGCAACAAGGAAUGGCGGACACGGACAACAAGAUUAUGCAAGAGCGAAUGUAACAGAGGAUGCUUGGAACCGUGCAGCCGAUGGUGCUCUAUCGGAUUCCUGGAAAAACGGUUCCCAGGGAAGCUAUGAACCUCGCACAGCGAGUCGUCAGGCAACAACAGCAACAACAACAACAACACAAUCACAAUUAGUACAUUCAGUUGGACCAUGGCAAGAUCCUAAAAUGCUGAAUGUACUGGGACAAACUACUCAGUCAAGUUCUGUAUACCAACAAUCUAAUCGUGAAGAACGAUUCGGUCAGUAUGAACAAGAUAAUAAUUUUCAAGGUUAUAACGCUAGCGUUCAAGCAGUGGUAACAGCAACAGUUGCUUCCAGCGCAAUUACACAGGUCCCUCCGAUAUAUCAGCAAACUAAUGUUGCUGCUCCUGCGGUUCUACCGGGUCAAGUCCUACCAUUACCGCCGUCAAUUCCGGGCCUUCUUGUACCACCAUUACUGGCAAAUACUUUGCCGGUCAGUGCUGCUACUGGCACUCAACCUGCAUCUGGAUUAGCGAAUGCUCAUGCAUUUGUUGCGCGAUACACUGGCCGCAAUGGACCAGUAUUCUCAGCUUUACCGACACAACACUGUUUGGCAGAGGAUAAACAGAAUUGCUAUGUGGAACUCAGCCGGCUUCCGUCGGAACUUUUACGUCCAGCAGCUCUCGAACAUUUCUUGCGUCCAUCGACGCCCCUCACACUGUCAUCUGUCAAAGUUGUUUUCGAUCCGAAAGGUUUCCCAUUGCAUUCUCUGGUACGUUUCGAGUGUGCCAAAGAUGCCAAAAACGUACUAGACAGAGAUGGAGAACAAGGCAUAAGGAUUCGUUCUUGUCCGAAGGAAGUAUUCGAUAACGCGGUGGAUGGUAGUCUGCAAAUUCCACCAGCAUUCUUACAAGGUACAAAGGAGGCAGAUUAUCAUGACGAAAGAAGUCCGCGUACUGGUGCUUCAUUACGACAUCAUCGCAGUCCUGAAAGACGUGAUUUUGAUGGGAGAUAUGAUGAACGUCCUCGUGUUUUGCGUGAUCACGAAGACCGUUAUCGUGGUUCUCGACACGGUCGCUCACGUUCGCCUCGAGAUUAUCGAGACUAUCGUGAUUCGAAACGACGUGGAGUUGAUCCUGGUCGUUAUUGCAUCGAAUUCACCAAUUUGCCGUUUCGGGUUACGGAAAUUGAAAUCCGGGAGUAUCUUGGUCCGCGUUGUGAGCCAACAAAAGUGACUCGGGCUUAUAAUGAAGAUGGUCAAGCAUCAGAUCGUUGGAUUGCUGAAUUUAGCACAUUUGAUCUGGCAGAAAAAGCAUAUCGUGUGCGUGGCAAGAUCAAUGAAAGACCAAUUCGUGCAAGAAGGAUAACAAAUGAGGACGCAGAUCAGAUGUUGGCAGUACCAGACAGAUUUGGACGUCAAAAGAAGGAAGAAUAUGAACGGAAGCAUGGAGGCGACUCAUCAAUUGCUCCACUUCUUGAUUUACCAAGUCGGUCUACUGAAGCAAGUUUACAUUUCCAAGAAUCUUCCAAAGGUCGUGGUACUCGUGGACGAGGAGGAUUCUAUCGAGGUAGUCUUAUUCAUGGAUAUCACAGCGAGCGGGAAGUUGGAGAUGUGUCUUCCAGUGGUUUGAAUGGGAUUGCUAGUUCGUCUUCUGUGGCACCACCUCGUUUUCCAACCUUUCGUCUACAUAGAGGUCUUUUACAAGGAAGUCGACCUCGCCCACCACUUAUCUCUCCACCGACUUUUUUCGGAAACACGACACCUUCAACUAUUCGGCAACGUGGUCCGCCGCCUUCAGGUCGUGGUCCUCCUUUGCUUCGUGGUCCACGUCCUCCUAUACUUCAUCCACCAAAUAAUGGACCAGCUGGGCCAAUUCCAGCCAUUCCACCUCCAAGUGUGAAAUCGUGUCUGAUGGUCGAGAACGUUUCUGAGAGUGAAAAUGAUAUAGACGUUGCCAAGUUCUUGCAGCUAACUCAAGCUACUCAAGCGACAUUACGUCGAGCGGCUGAUGGAAUAUUUUAUGUUGAUAUGGGUGCCAUGGAUGAAGCUACAAAAGCAGUGCAAAUGUACAGUGGUUUGAAACUUGGAGAAAAUGUUAUCACAGUCACGGCAAUUACCCGGCAACAGAUGCACCUCGGUGUUGAUAAAAAAGUUGAAUCGGUAGAAAUGUUGGAACCAGAACUGAUUGCAUCCGUAGGAGAGCCAGGUACAGUUAUUAGUUGUCAUGGUUUUCCGGCAAAUGUCACUUUGACUGAUGUGGCUCAGUUCUUCGACAAAUAUUCGCUGGUGGAAAGUUCUGUAAGAAUAAAGCUGGACGAUAACGGAAUACCAACGGGCGAAUGUCUCCUAGCUGUCGGCUCACCUCACGAAGCGAACAAAGCCGUAAUGUUGCUGAGUGGUCGGAAGCUCGCUGGCUCAACUAUAACAAUGUCUGUUGUUCGCGCAGCUACAAAACAGUAG